AUGCCCAAGGGAGAGGAGUAUGCUAGAGAGCUUUCUUGCUCCUGCUGUCAGCAGUAUUUUGACAUGCUCCGGCUUCUGCCCUGUUCUCACAGCUUGUGCGAGCCCUGCUUACUGAAGCUAAGCGCAGCCAGCCGCCUGCAAUGUCACCUCUAUCCGUGGACUUGCUGCAUUUUUUGCCCAAGCUGCCAUGUGAAUGUUGAGCUUCCUUGUCUCAGCUACACUGGCAUCCUAAACACCUUGCCAGUUAACUAUAGCGUAAAGGUGGAAGCAGAGCAGUGCAGUGCUGCCGAAGACAACAGUAACCAUCGGUUGGUCUGCAAGAGUGGCUGUGAACUGCUAGAAGAAGGCAAUCUGCUCAGUUUGGAGGAUUCUAGACAGAAAAGGACCGUGAUAGCUGACCAGAAAACCUUGCAAGAGGCCAUGGCAGCACAGGAGCAGCCAUCCAGCUUUGGGAAGGAAACCACACAAACAGAGGCACACACAUCUUCAUCUCCAUCAGCAAGGUUGACAAAUGGUCCCAGAAACCCAUUUCAGAGAGGAGACACCGAACUGUCAGAGGAGGAGAUGGAAAAAUCACUGCAAGGUCUGUCAUUCAGGCUCGAUCUUAGCACUGUACCUCCAUCACUGCAGAUCUCACCAUCAGGCCUGACACUGACACACAGGGACAACGCUGAGCCAACAAGUAGUCCUAGAAGACUUCAGAAGAGCACAGAGCUGAAGGACAGUGGCAGUGCAGAACUGUCUUCUUGUACACUGUGGGUUCUGGCAGACAUCAGCAUUGCAAAGGGUCUUUGCUACUGGGAGGUGGAUGUCUACAAUAGUGUCUCCUAUCGAAUUGGAGUGUGCACAAAGGAUAGGCAGCGUUCCUGGUGGCUGCAACGAGAAGGAAUCCAGUUUGUGGCUCUUUACGAUGGAGACAAAGAGGAGAUCAAGUCAAUUCCUCCUUGCAUGAAGACCCUAGGAGUCUGUUUGAAUCAUACGGGAGGCACCCUUAGCUUCCAUAACACACUGGAGCAAGAGCACCUUGUCACCCUGCCGACAAACUUUGGAGCAGCAGUUACUCCAGCUAUUGCACUGUGCCAAGGCAAGCUGAUAAUCCAUUGUGGAAUUCCAGUGCCUGAUUAUAUUUUUACUGAUUGCCAAUCUCCCUACAGAGAAGUCCAAGGUGCUGGCAAACGUUGGAGCAAAGAUGUCCUCUUUCAACCAGUCAUCUCCCUUAUCCAGAGGUUUGAAGAGCUUGCCACCACUGAUUCAGAUUGUGCUUUUGGCUCCUAACAUUCAGUACAGUAAAUCCCAAAUCUACAACAAUAAUAAGUUA